AUGAACGACGUGGAGAUCAACCAGCAAAUCAAGCAGAUGCAGCAGUUCAUCCACCAGGAGGCGGCGGAGAAGGCCUCCGAGAUCAAGCUCAAGGCGGGCGAGCAGCGGACGAGGAGUUCAACAUUGAGAAGCUGCGGAUGGUCGAGGUUCGCCGCGGAGAAGGCAAAGAUCCGCGCAGAGUACGAGCGCAAGGAGAAGCAGAUCGAGGUUCAGAAGCGGAUCUCGCAGUCGAACGAGAAAAAUGUCUGUAGUAUUGGCGGUCAGGCGUGCACUGCCGCUGCGGCCAAGUACAAGGCGCGGAGACACGAUUGGGCCGCCAAGAACAAGGACGCUGCGUUCGCCUCCUCGAUCGAGGUUGCGUGGGACUCGUCCCCGCUCGCCGCCGGCAUCGGCGGCGUCGAGGUCUCCGGCUUUGGCGGCAAGAUCUCGCUCACUAACACGCUGCAGUCACGGCUGAUGCUCGCCUACGAAACCCGCCUCCCGAAGCUGCGCGCGGCGCUGUUCGCCUGAGCGCGAGCGUGCACUCCUGCGCAGCCGCGCCUGACCGCCACGGCCCGCGGACUACCCGUUCAAGUGGCGCGCGUGAGCGUGGUCUUCCCGCGGCCUCGGCGUUGGCGCGUUGCCGGGCGAUUCGUAUUGGGCGUUUGCCGCAGUUCGUGCAAGGACCGUGCCCGAUCGCCGACCUGCGCAGAUAUGCGCGUGCGCGGGGGCUGUCCGUGGGCGGCUUGAUGGGGCGGCCGAGGCGCGCCCGGUCCACGGUUGGCAAAACCUUGUGCGUGCGUGUAGGGUGUAGCGGAAUUCGAUGUACAGAGGUUACACGUUACAGGUGGGUUAACCC